UUAUUCAUCUCUGAUAGUAAAGAAUAAUCUUUUAUCAUCACAAUUCGCUACAUUUGGCGACGAAUGAUGAGUCACUACUUAUAUAGGUACUACCCAAACAUUAUUAAUAUUAUCUAAUAUAAUAUUAUGACUAGUUUCUUAGUCACCACAAUACCACAAUAAUUUUUAUCCAAUAUACACCACAGUCGAUCUCUAUGCUCGAUCAUUCGACGUGUGUAUGUGAUAUAUAAGGCGAAUAAUUCAUUUCUGACGACUCACUGCUGUUAGUCCUUCUCGCCACCAAAGUUCUAGAUCGCCUCCAAACUCAAAACAUUCUCGUAUUCGCAUUUGAUUGCGUUCUCUGUCAACGUCGUUUCGUUCAUUCCCGUCGAUCUCGUCAUGGCUCAACCUCCAAUCCUCAAUCCGACUCUUCCGUUUGUUGGACCGAUACAAAAUGGUUUGAAACAAGGCACGCUGCUCAGCUUCCAUUGCACGUCAUUCCCGUCUUCAAACAGGUUCUGUGUAAAUUUACAAAUUGGUCCGAAUGUUGCUCCUCGAGACUCUGUUGCCCUGUUUGUUGCUUUAGACUUCAACCGUAACUUGAUUGUCAGGAAUACUAUUCAAGCACAGAAUUGGGGCGUGGAGGAAUCUCACGGUCCACCUGUGGCCCUAAUUCGAGGUCAGCCAUUUAAAUUGGACAUACUGUGUGAUGCUCAUGAUUAUAAAAUUGCAUUUAACGGAUCCCAUUUCGCUGAAAUGAUACACAGAAUACCAUUUCAAAGUGUGUUUUAUUUAGCUAUCGAUGGAGAAGCACAAUUACAUAGUAUACAAAUAAAUUCAGGCGGAAGUACACAGUUUGGUGGUCCUACAAUGUCGAUGCCUGGUAAUCCUUCUGGGUAUAUGCCCAUACCCGGACAAAUGCCAAUGCCCGGACAGAUGCCUAUGCCCGGACAGAUGCCUAUGCCUGGACAGAUGCCUAUGCCCGGACAGAUGCCUAUGCCUGGACAGAUGCCUAUGUCUGGAAGCUAUGCACCUGGACAUAUGUCAUCAGCAGGUCCUAUGCAUAUGCCUGGAGCUCCACCUGGAACUGUUCCUCCUUAUGCUUCAGGUUAUAGUGCCUAUCCUGGCCAAACGCAUAAUUCACCUUAUUUACAGAAACACACAAGUUCACCAAUUAAACAUGCUAUCAAUCAAGGACUAACUAAUUAUGCUGUAACUGGACAUAUUCACCCUCGUAAAGCAGCAAAAGCUCAAAAAAAAGCCGCCAAAAAAGCUUUGAAAUAUGGUAUUCCUGUUGCUGGAGUUCCUGGAGCCAGUGUUGGUGCCUAUUCGUAUAUGCCGCGUAAAGCAGCAAAAGCUCAAAAAAAAGCCGCCAAAAAAGCUUUGAAAUAUGGUAUUCCUGUUGCUGGAGUUGCUGGAGCCGGUGUUGGUGCCUAUGCAAUGUACGAAGGGUAUAAACACAAGAAGGGAUCAAAGUCAUCAAGUAGUAGUAGUAGUAGCAGCAGUAGUAGCAGUAGCAGUGAUUGAAUGAAUAUUAAUUACAUGUUCUUAAGUUGCUUAACAAUUGUAUUCCUUUAACAUUGUCAAUAUUAUAUUGGUAUGAUGAUAAUAUUUUUCUAUUAUUUGAUAUAAUCAGAUCUAAUAUGUGUUUUAAUUUAAUUUAAUUUGUAUUUAUCAUUUGAAACAUAUUUUUUCUCUUUCUACUUAUCGUUAUUGUUGUUGUUGUAUAGACGCAUUUGCUCUGUUAAAAUGCAAUGUUGUGUUGUUAAAUACAUUUUGAAAUCUUGUGUAAAGCCAAAUUAUUUUUUAAUGCUAUUAAACUUAUAAUUAAAAUUA